UCGUUCGUCUUUGCUCUCUGUUGUCAGAUGAGAUGAGACCACUUCCGCCGCUCAGCUCAGCAACAAGUCGAGUUCUCUCUCUCCUCAGCAACUGCUCCUCUGCUACUCACAUCAACCAAAGCCAAACCCAACUCAUCCUCCUAAACCUCCACUCAAACACCACCAUUGCCUCCCACUUCAUCUCUGCCUGUCAAUCUCUUGGCCUCUUGGAUUUAGCCCACCUCCACUUCCUAACUCAGCUUCCCAAACCCCAUGUUUUCAUUUGCAAUUCUCUCAUUAGAGCAUUCUCUCACUCCCACACUCCUCAUAAUCAGAUUCAUAAUCAUAUCCCUCUCUCUAUCUACGUCCACAUGCAUAAAAGCUCAAUUCUUCCCAAUAACUUCACCUUCCCUUUCCUUCUAAAGUCCCUAGCUGAUUCCCACGACUUCAAACAAGGGCAAUGCUUGCAUACCCAUGUCUUAAAAUUGGGUCAUCUCUAUGAUAUUUACGUGCAUAACUCGUUAUUGAAUGUCUAUGCAUCGUGUGGCCGUAUGGAGUUUUGUCGACAAGUGUUUGAUGAAAUGCCCCAGAGAGAUGUUGUGUCGUGGACGGUUUUAAUAAUGGGGUACCGGAACUCCGAGAAUGAUGAUGGUGCCUUGAUUUCUUUUGAACAGAUGCAAUAUGCUGGUGUGGUCCCCAGUCAUGUGACAAUGGUGAAUGCUUUAGCUGCUUGUGCAAAUUUCGGGGCCCUUGAGAUGGGUGUUUGGAUACAUGACUUUAUAAGGAGGUGUGGCUGGGAAUUGGAUGUUAUCUUGGGAACUACUUUGAUUGAUAUGUAUGGAAAAUGUGGUAGGAUUGAAGAAGGUUUGGCUGUUUUCAAUAGCAUGAAAGAGAAAAACACUUUUACUUGGAAUGCACUUAUUAAAGGGCUAGCUCUUGCUAAAAAUGGCAAGGAGACAUUUGGGUGGUUUAAGAGGAUGGAACAAGAAGGGAUCAGAGUAGAUGAAGUGACUUUGGUUUCGGUUUUAAAUGCGUGUAGUCAUUCGGGGUUGGUAGAUAUCGGCGGGCAGAUUUUUCGUUCCUUGAGCGAUGGGAAGUACGGAUUUUUGCCCGGGGUGAAACAUUAUGCUUUUAUGAUUGACCUGUUAGCACGUUCUGGGUAUCUUGAAGAUGCUUUGAAGUGCUUAAGAGAAAUGCCUUAUGAGCCUACUAAAGCUAUUUGGGGUUCAUUGCUGGCUGGUGGUAAAACUCAUGGGAACUUGGAAUUGAGCGAGUUUGCAGCUCGGAAGCUUGUUGAACUAGAGCCAGGGAGUAGUGCUUACUAUGUUCUGUUGUCUAAUAUUUAUGCAGAGAUGGGAAGAUGGAAUGAUGUUGAGAAAGUGAGGGGGAUGAUGAAACAGAGAUAACUUAAGAAAGACUCGGGCUGUAGUUCUGUGGAAUUUGAACCCUCUGACCAAGUUACUCAACUGUUAGCACAAUAAGUCACAUUGUAUUUGCAAGGGAUUGGUUCUGUUCUAUUAUUGAAUUGGGUUGGGUUGUUUCCAUUUCACUGACUACAUCAAGUUUAGUGGAUGGCGAAUGCUCUGCUUGCAGCUUGGUUAUCUCUUGAAUUUUAGAUGAAAACAGUUGAGAUCAACUACUGGAUGGGCAAACACAAACUUCGAACACCAAAAACAGAUUGUAAAGGCAUAUCAAUCUUCAUACUGAGGAUGGAAGACAAGAACUCAAAGGCAUGCCACCACAACACCAGCAGCAGCAGAAGAGUCUUGUCCAACUAUUUAUUGAAAAGGAAAAUCAAGGGCAUAUAUGAAGCCAAAAUACAUGGAAUUAUUGAAGAUACAUGACUGUUGAUUAGCCAGAAACAGCAGUCUUUUACUACUAGCUUCGCAUGGCAAUGACCUUAUUCCAAGCUGGCCUUGCAGUGAUAUCAGCUACCCAUGCGCUAACAUGGGGCCGGGAUUCGAACAGCUUCUUCGAUUGUGUUCCCAUCAAGUAAUUUAUGGUUGGAAGGUGGUGAAGAUCUGCCAAGGUGAAGCUGUCACCUCCCAAGUAUUUCGACUGAGCCAGACGAGCCUCAUAAACAUCAAGAACCGCAGCCAACUUGGCUUCAUAUUCCUCCACAACUGCCGAGUCUGUGGGCAUGCCAAGCAGCGGCUUUAUGCCUAGCUCCCAGGUCAGUUUUGAGGCUGCUGGGUCGAACUUUUGACCCUCCACCUCCGUCCACACUGAUAGAAUUGCCAUCUUCUUUGAGUCUCGGAUCACCAGCUGGGUUCCCUUGUCGAAAUACUCAUGGGCAAUGUAUUGUGUAAUUGCCCUUGAUUCUGCAUAUCAGAAAGUGCACACUUCAAUACAAGUUACACAAAUUCAUAUUUCAUGUAUGCUGUGUAUGAAUUUGAUGUGAGUGAGCUAAACACAAAAACUUACCAAA